AUGUCUUCCUCAGAGAACCAGAACAGCCCAACGGGCACCAAGCCUAAGAGGCAAAUUCUUUUGAACGCUUUUGAUAUGUUCACAGUCGGCCACCUUUCAUUUGGGCAAUGGCGUAACCCUAAAGAUCGGGCUAAAGAUAAGCGGCGAGACCUCACAUACUGGACUGAUCUAGCGAAGCUUCUUGACCAGGGUGGCUUUGUCGGGCUCUUCCUGGCCGACACUUUUGGGCCAUAUGACACAUACAAAGGAAGUGCAGAGCCAUCAGUGCGUACCGGUGCUCAAUGGCCAAUGGCGGACCCCGUUAUCCCUGUCUCUGCUAUGGCCGCGGUAACAAAGAAUUUGGGUUUCGCAAUCACAACUUCCACGUCAUAUGAGCAAGCCUAUGUUGUUGCAAAGCGCUUCAGCACCCUUGACCAUCUUACUAAAGGUCGAUUUGGCUGGAACAUUGUGACAAGCUGGAAAGAAUCAGCCUCAAAAGCUGUCGGGCUGCCUUUGGUUGAACAUGAUACCCGUUACGAAAAUGCAGAUGAAUACCUAAGGGUGCUAUACAAGCUUUGGGAGGGUUCAUGGUCAGAUACCGCUCUGAAGGAAGAUGCGGAGAACGGCGUGUACUCGGAUUACUCCCAAAUAAGACCAAUCCAUCAUCACGGCAAAUUUCAUGUCGACGCACCCUUUUUAACUGAUCCAUCGCCGCAACGCACUCCAGUCCUGUUUCAAGCUGGAACAUCUCCGGCGGGUAUCAAGUUUGGCUCAACACAUGCUGAGGGCAUCUUCGUGGCCGGUUUAUCCCCACAUGUCGUCGCACCUCGAGUAAAAGCCAUUCGCGAGAGCGCCAUCGCCGCUGGCCGAGACCCAUAUUCAGUCAAAGUCUUCGCCAUGAUCACCCCAAUCAUUGGCAAAGACGAAGAAGAUGCAAAGCGCAAGUAUGAAGAAGCUCUAAAAUAUGUCCUCAUCGAAGGUGGGCUUGCGCAGUUCUCUGCCACCACUGGUAUCGAUGUCUCCAAGUUCGAUCUCGACCACGAGCUCACCGAGAAGGAUGUCGCAAGCCAUCUACAACGCAUUCACUCGUCUUUGUACAAUCUGCGCUACCGCGGCGAUGAUGUUCCCAAGCUUACCCCUCGUAACCUAGGAACAGUCACGGCAAUCGGUGGAAAUGGGGCUAUGCCUGUUGGAACGGCUAGUCAGGUUGCUGAUGUUUUUCAAGAGUGGGUAGAUAUUGCUGAUGUUGAUGGAUUCAACAUUGGCUACGUUAUUACACCGGGAAGCUUUGAAGAUGCUGUUGAGUACCUUGUUCCUGAGCUGCGCCGCAGGGGUUUGUUGCCAGACCCUAUCCCAGAAGAUGCACCUGCACCCACCUUCCGAGAGCAAAUUUAUGGGCUUGGACAAAAAGGCCUAAGGUCAGAUCAUCCCGGGUUCAAGUACAAAUACGACACGUACGAGGAGACUGUUGCACAGGAAGAAGCAGCAAAAGCCGAGAGGGAAAGCCGAAAGUGA